UCUCAGACUCUACAUGUCUCUGUCGCUAAGGCAACCAAUGCCUUUUCCCACUCGCGCUCUAUAACUCCUCUCUCCUCUCUGUCUCUCUCAUUCCCUCUACUCAGCCAGAGAGAGAGAUGACCGGAAGAGAGGGGUCCCUGUGAACAGAACGAAGCGAUGGAGAGAUGCUCCAUCUCUCCUGUCACACGACUGACCACCCUCAGUUGCUUCUCAUUACUCCUGGUUGCCGCGACGAUACCGCCCUCCACCUGUAACCGAGACAACGGCGAAAGCGAGGGGCAGGUGGAGGCCCUCUCGGCCCCGCUGUCCGUCACCGACCAGGCCACGCCCACGCCUCUCUGGGCGGUGGACUGGGGCCCGACGCACCCCCUGGAGGACGAGACGCAUCACUUCCUGUCCAGCCAGGAAACCGACCACCAAGUGGCCACAACGUCAGCCGAGACUUGGUCGCAUCAUCAGGGUGCGCCGGGCAGCACCGAGCCCCAGGAGUCUCUGCUGGAAGCCAGGGACGCGGAGGGAGAGGAGGACGGAGAGAAGGAGGCGGAGGAAAGGCAACCGGAGGAAGUGGACCCUCAGUUCUACGUCACAGUGACCAUCUCUUCCCUGCUCAUCCUGACAGCAGUCAUCAUAACAGCCAAACUCUGUUACGACCGCAGCUGUUCCCAGCACCCACCCCCGCUUUCCCGUGGCGUGGCCCCCCCCCUCUCGCUCGCCCUCCCUCGCUCCCUCGCCAUGGAGGACAGCCGGCAGACGCUGCACAGCACCCCCUCCUUUACCGACAGGGAGAGGAUACCUGUGGUGAAUCUUUAAGGCGUCUCUUUCCGAUUUGAUACACAUUUCCACGGGACAUGAAGAAGAACAUCUACGCCACCUGAGGGUGUGCCCACGGCGCUCAAUGAUUUCUCUCAGACUGUGAAAUGAAAUCAGGACUCUCCAUAUCCGUGAUUGCCAAAACUCCCCAGUUCCCCCAAGGUCUAGAAAACACAAUCUCUUCCUGCUGACCUUGUCUCUACUCCCUCACCUCGCCUCGUGUCUCCUUCCUCUCUUCCUCUGCCUCCUCUGUGCUUGGUGUAAAUCUUCCCAUUUUAUAUGCCUCUGUGUCACUGUGGACUGUUGUGGUUUAUAUUCCCCUGUACCGCCUCUAGCCAUGGUUAACAGCCUGCGCUUUACCUGCCAUGACUAAUUUGCAAGCAAAAACCCUGUUAGGCACCCAGAGAACACCCCCCACCCCCAACCACCACCAACUCCCUCGAAAAUGCCAGAACUGAGCAUUAACUGUUGUGAUACACACAGCAGCCAUAUGCGUAGCUAUUACCUUCAGUAGUCUUUGAGCGGUUGAACCUCUUCUUUCACGACGAAACGGUCGAGGGAGUUUAUACGCCGUACCUGAGAGCUUUGUUUUUUCUCCUCACUGUAAGUGGUGAUAACCAGUUGCAUUGUUUCCCAACAGG